AUGGGCAACUGUCGCUCACAUCCUUCUCUUGUGGAUGGUACCCGUAAAGACGAUACCCAUGCUCUUGACGAGGGCCACUUGUUUCAUGUAAAGAACCCCGACAUAGACAGCCACGGUGCGGCCCCGGAAAGAGCACCCCUCUCUCCUGCGGCUGCCUUGGCGGCGGAAGAUCGUUCGAGUGAUGCCUUUCACAGACGUCGGAACAAGCUGAAGCAACGAUCGUCCUGGAAGAGAUCCCGUCGUGUCUUUAAUGACAAAAGCUCGUCGAUUGAGUUUCAUCUCAACCCAUCCGAGGAAUUCGGAAGCACCGACACGGCAUUGCUCGAUCUAGAAGACACGCUCCACAUGGCCCAGAUGUUGCUGGAAACCACAGCGGAUGAAAAAGCCCUGUCGCAUGAGGAGAUCAAAGCCGCAUUGCAAGUCUACAAGGAGCUACAACGAGUGCUCAGUGUGGCCACCCGCACGGGCAACCUCAUGGCCCGUCCGUGUAUAAAAGAAUCCCAACAACAAAACAGUCACGACUUUCAUGAUCGCUACACCGCCUUGGUGCAAGAAGUCCAUGACGCUCAAAUGGUGGUAGACAAGGCACUGGCCAAUCCGGCUGCCUUGCGGCCACUGAGCGUCGAAGCAUUGCAAGAAGUCAAUGACUUUUUUGUACUCGACAAUAGCUUGCGAGAAACCACGGUGGGUGCGGCCCGUGGACAUACCAUGGAGGAAAAGCUCCAAAUUGUCAACAGCAUGGCCGAUACCGGCUUGGAAGAAGUCAUCUUGGGUGCCUUUGGUGCCAAGGUUUCGGUGGACAGUCAAGUUGCCGCGCAUUGGAAAACUAACCUGGGCAAGUCGUUUGACAGUACCUGGGGCUUCACCGAUGCGUGGGACAUGGCGGAACACGACCAAGAUGAAGAAGAAAAGUUGUGGUCGUCCGUUCCAGACUUUUUCAAAGCGGAAGAACGAGGAGAAGACUAUGAAUUCUUCACGCCAUCUUUUGUUCCCAAGGGAAACUAUUCCAAAGAGGAAGUGGCACUCUUUAAGGAAGCGUCCAAAGGGUUUUGA